AUGAAAAUAAAAUCACCUUUAUUAGUUCUUAGCUUCAUUUCUACAGCAGCUUUAGCUGCUCCCAGCGGGGAUUAUAAAUACAGUCCGUAUUAUAAUCCUAACGUUAAAUCAUAUGACCCUUAUUACAAUCCAAAUGUUCCCGAUAGUUAUUACAAAUAUGAUCACGAAAAAAAAUAUAAACCAGAAAAUUACGAUAAGAAAAAGGGGGAUCAUGGAAAAUACAAAAGAUCGAUUAGAAAAGAAUACUUGGACGGAAUAACGAUAUUAUGGUAUUGCUAUCAUAAUGUAAUGGGAUUGGAACUACAAAUCAGAAAAGCAUUGGAAUUGGAAUUAUUUCAAAGGGCUGCAAACUUGGAAAAAUAA